AUGCAAUACGCCCAUGGCAUGCAGCAGCCCAUGAACCCUCCUCCGGGUUACGGCAUGCAACCCCAACAACAUAUGCCCGUCCCGCCCGGCAUGCAGCCGCAGUCCCAGUACCGAAACCCCGCCGUCGAGGUCGAGGGCGCGAAUCGCAACAAAGCCCAGCUCAUCGUCGGUAUUGACUUCGGAACAACCUUCUCCGGUGUCGCCUUUGCCUUUGCGACCAACAACGAGGCCCGAGAAGACAUCAUCACGGAAUGGCCCGGAGCUGGAACCCAUACGAAACAGAAGAUCCCUACCGUCCUCUACUACGACCAGUACCAAAAAGUGGUGGGCUGGGGCCCAGAUAUCGCCGAUGCGCUCGCGCCUACAGGAUACCCGAAACCCGGCGUGCAGAAGGUAGAGUGGUUCAAGCUACAAUUGAUGCUCUCCGGGAAUACCUACAUCGACCCCAUCAACCUUCCCCCGCUUCCUCCGGGCAAGUCAGAGAUAGAUGUGGCUGCCGACUAUCUCUUCAAAUUGCGUCAGGCAAUGCGCGCGCAACUGCAGAAAACACUAGGUGAGGUGUUUACUCGCGAGGAGCGCAACAUCCGCUACUAUCUCACCGUGCCGGCCAUUUGGAACGAUGCCGGAAAGGCUGCCACCCGUGCUGCUGCCAUUCAGGCUGGCUUCCUGCGCGAUGAGAAUGACAAUCGUCUGACCCUUGUCUCGGAACCUGAGGCUGCUGCUCUCUUCUGUGCCAAGACCGGACUUUUGAACCUGAAGAUCGGAGACGCCAUUCUGAUCGUGGAUUGCGGUGGCGGUACGGUGGAUCUGAUCGCUUACGAGGUCGAAGAGGAGCAGCCAUUCAGUGUGAUGGAGUGUACUGCUGGAUCCGGUGACUCUUGUGGUUCAACCGCGCUCAACCGAAAUUUCAGCAACAUCCUGCGCGCUAAGAUUCGCAAGAUGAAGCUUCCUGACGGCUCCCGAACGGCAGGCAAGGUGUACGCCAAAUGUAUCAUGGAUUUCGAGAACCGUAUCAAGGCAGACUUCCGUAACAACGGGCAAAAAUGGGCAGUCGAUGUCGGCAUUGAGGCUGACUUCCCCGAUGCGGGCAUUGAGGAGGGUUACAUGACUUUCACGAACGAGGAGAUUCUUCAGUGCUUCGAGCCCGUCGUGAACCGCAUUCUCGAGCUGGUGCGCAACCAGAUCAUCGCCAUCCAAGCACAGAACCGCUUGCUCCAGAACGUCCUAGUUGUCGGUGGUUUCGGUGCGUCAGAGUACCUCUUCCAACAGAUCAAGCUCCACGUCCCUCCCCAGUAUCAGACCAAGGUCGUUCGUCCCAUGGACUCUGUUGCCGCCAUCGUCAAGGGUGCAGUUACAGCAGGUAUCACCGAGCGGGUAAUCACCCACCGUGUCGCCCGUCGACACUACUUGAUGGCCACUCUCCAGCCAUUCAAGGAGGGAUACCACCCCGAACAAUAUCGAGUACCCAGUCUUGACGGUCGUGACCGCUGCAAAUACACCCGUCAGAUUUUCGUCCAGAAGGGCGAGCGUGUCAAGAUUGGUGAGCCUGUCAAAGUCAGCUUCUUCCGCCAAGUGGCCCCCGGCGCUACCCUCAUGUACGAGGAUGUGUUGUAUGCCUGCGAUGAAGAUGUAUGCCCAGAAUACACCAAGGACCCACGCAUCAAGGAAGUCGUCACCCUCACCUCAGACCUUUCUCGCAAAAACCUUGAGACCGACUUCGAGCGUAUGGACACACCGCAGGGUGUCUUCUACCGCGUGUACUUUGACAUCUACCUCACCCUUGACGGUAGUGAGUUCAGCGCCGAGCUAGUCUGCCAAAAUGAGAUCAUGGGUCGCUGCCGGGCGAAGUUCCGGUAA